AUGAGGAGCCCAGCAGCCGGUUUUGCAGAAGAAGGUCAAGAUUAUGAUACCCCUAGUAGUAGUAGUAGCAGUAGUUCCAGAGGAUCAUCAUCAUCAUCAUCAUCAUAUACUGCUAAUUGGUGGUGGGGUUACUUGUUCAGGUGGCCGGAGAUGAUUGAUUUGUCGGUACCGGCGAGGGUAUUCAGAUGGGCUGCCGGAAUUGAUCUGUCAUACUUCACGACGGGGUGGUCCUGGCCGUCGUCGGCGUCGACCAGCUUCCGGUGGCUGGAUAACUUGAUGUGGACACUGGUCACCGUGUUGGAGUCGGUGUCUAUUGUCGCCAUGAUUUGCUGUUUCUUCCUUUUCUGCGGUUGCACUUUCUGUGAUCAUCCUCUAAGAAGAGCUGCAGUUGUUGGAGAUAAGGGUUUGCAGAAUCAUCCUCCUUCAACCUGCAAUUCUGGGUUACAGUUGGCCUAUCUGGAUAAUCCACCAUUCAUUCUCGGAUUUUGUCCAGUUAAUCCUGUUUUAGCUGGACUUGAUGACGUCUUGAUCAAAAUGGAGGUCCAAAGAUCAAUGUCCCUUCUUCAGUUCAUGGCUGAUGAGGGUCUGGUGCCAUCUCCGGAGGAGGAAAUCAAGAGAAGGAAUGUUAUUGCCAAGCUCAAACAGAUAGUGAAUCAAUGGGUUAAAAGGGUUGCUUACCAGUGUCAACUUCCCAAAAAUCGUAUUAGAGCUGCUUCUGCGACAAUUUUGACUUUUGGAUCAUACGGACUUGGAGUGCACAAUGCGGGAUCAGAUAUAGAUGCUUUAUGUGUUGGCCCAUACUUUGCAACACUUGCAGAUGACUUUUUUGUGGUUCUUCGCAAUAUGCUUGCAAGCAGGCCUGAAGUGACAGAAAUACAUUGUAUAAAGGACGCAAAAGUUCCUCUUAUGAAAUUUAAAUUUGAUGGUCUAGCAAUUGAUCUGCCCUUUGCGCAGCUCAAAGUGAUAUCUGUUCCUGAGAAUGUCGAUAUACUCAACCCGUUUUUCUUGAGGAAUAUCGACGACACCAGUUGGAAGAGUUUGUCAGGUGUACGUGCCAAUAAAAGUAUUCAUCAGCUUGUGCCAAAUAUCGAGCUCUUUCAGUCACUGCUGCGAUGCGUUAAGUUCUGGGCCAAAAGACGAGGAGUGUAUGGUAAUUUGCAUGGAUUUUUCGGAGGAGUUCAUUUCGCGGUACUUGCAGCAUUUAUUUGUCAAAGGCAUCCCAAUGCGAGUUUGAGUGUUCUGAGCUCAAUUUUCUUCAAAACAUUUGCCUUUUGGCCUUGGCCUAGACCCGUAUUUCUUCAUGGUCGAAUGAUCCCGCCAACUAUACCUUCUGACUCUCGGUUUUUGAUGCCUAUCCAAUUACCAUGUAGCCCAAAUGAAUAUUGUCAUUCUAACAUUACCAGAAGCACGUUCUUUAGAAUUCGAACAGAGUUCCUUCGGGGACACACAUUGACUAAGGAUUUUCUGAGGCCUGAAUUUGGUUGGAGUCCCCUAUUUGAACCUUUUCCUUAUGGGAAGAAAUAUGCUCAAUUUGUCAAAAUUUGCCUCUCAGCAUCUGAUCAGGAUGAGUUAAGAGGCUGGGUGGGUUGGGUCAAAUCACGGUUCCGCUCCCUUCUCAUCAAGCUGGAGGAAUUACAGGGUUUUUGUGAUCCAAGCCCUUUUGAAUAUGUUGACGUCGAUAUGGCUGCGCCAAAUGUGGUCUUUUACUGGGGUUUGCAGCCCAGCAGGAGUGACAUCAUAGACAUAGAUGUUGUGGAGGAAGAUUUCAUGAAGAACAUGAGCAACGGGUAUCGUGUUCCCCCUGGAAGGAUGAAGCUAUCGGUUGUGAAGGCAUCUCAAUUACCUAAAGGCAUGACUGCACCAAACCAUGGUGGAGGCAAAGGAGGAACAAAAGCACAUUGGAGGGUUUUAGAUAGCAGUCAGAGAAAGACUCAUUCAUCACCUGAAGGUCCUCAAAUCAGUAAUCCCAACGAAGAAGAAGAAAAAGGAAAAAGGAAAGCACAAAAAAGGUUUCCUUCAACAAAGAUGAGUGGCUCCAGGGCCAUUCUUGUAGCUCUUUCAGUCAUUUGUUUGGUACUCCCAAUGCUGUGUAAUUGUGAUCUGAUUUCUGAGACAUGCAGCGAAACCCCGAAUGAGCGAUUGUGUGUUGCAACACUGAGGAAGCAAAACGGGAGCAAGGAUGCAAAACAAGUUGCAGAGCUAGCCCUGCUCAUGGUGGAGGCAGUCCAAGUAAAGGCUAAUGAAACACUGAGUUACAUCAGAGGUGUUCAGAAAUCCGACCUAAAACUGGCGAACACACUGAUGAUGUGCAAUGAGAAUUACAAUGUGAUCUUGAAGGUGGACAUCCCAAAAGCCUUGGCAUCUUUGAAGGGGAAGAAUAAGGAUCCUAGGUUUGCUGAACAUGGGAUGGCCGAUGCCGGAACUGAAGCUCAGGGAUGUGAGAGCAGUUUCGAUGGUGUUAAGGUUGAUGGGGCAAACACAAAAUCUAGAGAUGAUUUGUUGGGUCUGAAUAAUGUUGUAUUUGAGUUGUCUGUUGUGGCUUUGUCUAUAAUUAGAAAGAUACUGCAUAGAUUUGAUUAG